AUGCAAAAGGCAAUGAAAAGCGCAGAAUAUAUAAAAGCUAACAAUGACUGGUUAGAUGCCCAAGCCAACGCUAAAGCAGCCCAGCUUAUAGGGUCAAUAAGGACAAAAAUACAAGCGGAUGAAGACAGUUCAAAUGAAGCUUUAACAAAUGCUGACUUUAAGAACGCCUUCGAAGCUCUUCAUAGUAAGGUGAAACAAGUGAACGACUUCUCAUCUGGAAAGAAACUGAAGUCUGAAGGUUUCGACAAAGAGUUAAAAGAAGUAGCACAAAAUAUGACGAAAAUAACAGAUGCAGCAACGAGACAGGCAGUUCAAAGUGCCUAUGACGCCGUUAGAGCAACUGUUGUGGAAAGUCAAGAAAAAGAGUUACAACAGACCAAAACAGACCUAGUAAAUGCUUUCUUAAGAACGAAAAGUCAGGUAGGACAUUACGCUGCAGAUGGAACAUAUGUGCCAGCUGGUGGAACUUAUAUACCACCAAACCCUCCAAGAGAAGCACCUGCACCAGGACUACCUAAAACAUUUACAUCGUCACAUGGACACAGACACAGGCAUGCACCAAAACCAACACAACAACCAACAGUUCAAAACCCUGCACAACAACCACCUCCACAACCAGCACAACAACCAACAGUUCAAAACCCUGCACAGCAACAACCACAAACAGAGCAAGGACAUAAAAGAAGUAGAGAACAAGGAAACCAAGAAUUCUUAAAAAUGCUUAAAGAAGACUAUGGUUACCCAGAUACUAUUGACUUUAGUGACAGAUAUAAAGAAGCUAUUCGAAAGUUCAAGGAUGGAAAUACUGACCCGAACCUAUUUAGCUUUAUGGCUCUGCACCAAAGGGGAUAUAAUCUCAAACCUGGAAAAUACAAGCUCGCUAAGGGAUAUGAUUUAAUAGCAUAUCAUCCAAAUGACAUGAACGAAUUUACUCCGAGAUAUUUGAUGUCAGAGCUAAAUGACAAUUUAACUCUCUUCAUGAAACGCGUAAAAAAUAGAGACGGAACGAAAGAAGAAAGGUUUAUGAGUCCGGAUGACUUAGAAAGGGAACUUUUUAAAAACGGUCUCGGAAUAUAUGAAAUGCCAGCAGAUGAGGUACAAGAAACUCCACAGGAAGAACUAGUUCAGAUACAACCAGACAUGGAAGAAAUAGUUCAGCAACAACAGCUAGAAGAGCCUGAAGGAAACGAACAAGUCCUUCCUUUGGAAACUAACUUCACAGAACUAGAUGAAGAUUUGGAACAGCCGAAAAAUCUUGACCCUCAACAAGA